AUGAAUGUCGAAUAUUUCCAGAAGCUAUGCUGGAUCUGGGAGUGGAACCCAGAGAUAAAGAAACAACAACAAUCUCCGAACAAUGUGAUUCUUGCCCAAGAGCGAAUUCGCAGGGGAUCUGGAUUCUGCGUGAAUACCACCACUCACGUGACGCUCUACUCGUCCGAUUCUACACCAGCAUAUGGCAUUGGCAUUGAAGUCAAUUGGUCACAAGAAGAUGUGGCUGGUGGACGUGUAGGUGGUGUGAGUGCCCUUGCGAGAUGGACAUCCGCAGCGAACAAACGAAUGAGCGCGCUCCGUGAAAAACUACUGAUGUGGAUGAAGAACGUUAUAUAUCUUCAUAUAGUCGACAUCGAUGCCAAACGGGCCGAUAUCCAUACCUCUGGCCGACUUGCCACCUCUGGAACCGUCGGAGCCAUCACUCUUCCCGAAGGCUUUACCGAUGCCUUCCACGCCCUCUUCGUGGCGCGAGGGGUGGAUAGAAUCUCCAUCAAGACAUGCCAACCGCCCGAUCGCCUCGGGGGAUAUGCUGGUUUAUCCACCCAGCCUCCGGUUUACAACACCCACCUCCUCAUCUCUUCAAAACGACACGCAAGUUCCUAUGACCCGGAGGCGAGCGGCCUUGCGCAAACGCCCAAAGUCCAAGAGCGAGAACGAAGGAAGCUCGGGUACGAAGACUGGCAUCACCACAUCUGCGCGCUCUACGAAGAUUCGGCCUCAGAAAAAGGUUCCGUUGCUUGGAUAUGA